CGGCGACUCGCUUCCCUUGCCGCGCCUCUUCCCUUACGCUACUUCCGCCGAAGCGGUGGCGGGAGAAUUCAACGGCGAAGAGGAUCUUGAAGGGAAGCCGCCGCAGGCCGCAAUGGCGGGAGGAGGCCGCGCCGGGCCCAGGAGGGCUCGCUCCGCUGGGGAGGCCCGGGCAGGUGCUGUUAAUGCUGUUGCUGCUUCUCCCUCGCGGCGGCGCCGGUCGGAGAGGAUCGCGUCGCCCUCGGCUGAGCCCGUGUCGCAGGGGAAGCCGAGCCCGGUGGCGAGCAAAGUGCCAGGCGGCAAACUGACAUCUGGACCAUUUGCAAUGCGGCCGGUCACUGUGAAAAAGAUCAUGCCACGAAAUCGGCAGAUAAAAGAAACAGCCUUAAUUCCUCGUCGGAGUCCAAGGAAUUCAUUAAAAGAAGACAAGGAAAACAUUCCUUUGAGAGCCACAGAGGUUGAAAACAUUCCUCUGAGAACCACAGAGGUUGAAAGUAAUGCCAAGGUGGAACUGAAGCGUUCUCCCCUGCACAACUCUUUGCAUCCUGAGGACGAGGCCUUACCGGCAGGGACCGACCUCCUGCCCCCAGUCAGUGCUGAUGACGAGCAAGAACUGGCCAGGCCAAAAAGAGUACGCCGGUCUUACAGCCGCCUGGAGAACCCCUUAAGCUACAGUUUCCUGGGGAGGCGACAAGAUUCUCCCAGCUCCGGCCUCUCGGACACUUCCACACCUACCCAUGGCCCAGUCAAGCGGCAAACUCUUUUUGGCUUUGAUAAGCUUCUGGUUCCAGGUGAGCUCGCCAACAUCUCUCCUGUGAACACAGCUGUUCCCCAGAAGUCAACAGUGGCAGAGCCUGGAGCCAUCAAUGAGAGAGACACAGACAUCCCAGGUAUCUCAUUUGUCAGGGAAAAACGAAGGAAGAAGAAGAUGCCACAAUUUGAUGUAUCACAGCUGGAUGAAUGGGCAGCCCAGAUGAACGCGGAGUUUGAAGAAGCGGAGAGAUUCGACCUCCUUGUGGAAUAAAGUCUCCUCUUUCACUGGAGUGCUGCCUGUCUGCUCAUUGAGUGCUCUUUGUUCACAAAUUUUGGGCUUGUCCUGUGGAGCUCUUCCGGUUCUCCAAACCCAGAAAGCAGUACGUUUCUUUGCUGCCAGGUGGACUUGGUGGCAAAUCGCAAACUGGGUAAUGAUGUUGUACAGGUCCAGCUACUGGGUGAUGACUUUCCCUUGAGUUUUGACACUGGCGGAAGCAAGGACGACAGCUUCUGGCUGCAUCCCAUGUAAUACUUGCUAAAUAGCCUGCCUUGUGCAUUUGAAACAUCACAUCUGCGUGAUCUGCCUGUGUUCAUUCUGUUUUUAUUCUGUAUUUUAAAAAGGCUGUUUAUCCUUUUCUUCAUAGGUUGGCAGGUAAAUAAUAAUUACUUGGACUAUUCAAAAUGUGCUAAGGUAUCAUUGCACCAACAGAACAUUGCUGUAUUUUUAAAUUCAGUGGGUUUUUCUAAAAAAUAUAUAUAUUCUGUGUUGGCUUUCUGUGUUUAUAAUUCCUACUUUGGAGCAUAGAGUGAAAUACCAGCUCUUCUUGAUUUUUAGGGGCGAUACAUUUUAUUACUAUUUUUUUUGCAGUGAAAUGUCACCAACAGAGUGACAUUAGUCCAUGGUUGGUAAUUCUUAUCAUGUACUUGUUAAUGGUGAGGUGGGCUGGUUGCCUGAGGCUCUUUCACUGGUUUUCUCUGGCUGUGUUUCUGUUUCUCAGUGCACUUGUUUAAGAGUAAGUACAGAAGAAAUAAUGGGCAUUCUCUCACUUCAUGCUGACAUUUCCUUGUUGGAAAAAGAACUCCCCCAUGUACACCUGCUCCAUUGGUUGGUUUGGAGAGUUUCUUCAUGGUGACACAGUGUGUUGUAUAAGCAGGGAAAAUGUCAAAAAGCACAAAUUACUGGGAGGGUUGGGCAGUGAGGGAAGCGUGCCAUGUUUGGGUUCAAAACAUUUUAUAGCAAUAAUAUGUUUAAUAAAAAAAAUACUUCCAUGUUCA